CGCUGUACAAGUGAAAGAAGCUGGCUGCCAGUUGAUGCAGGUCUCCCGUAACGCAAGUAUCCAGCAGCGCAACAGCGUUGAGGGACAACGGGAGGUGCACAGGGAGACAGACUGAGAGGGAGGACACAGAAGGAGCACCUACGGAUGUUGUGGACUGGCGAUACCAGACAGCAUUCGACAAGGAGCCGCGUCACAGCAAGUCGCAGUUUUCAACUUAACCCUUGGCAACUCCACUCUCCUGAUAAACAUCCGGCUGCAGGGGCUCCGGUGCGCGAGCACUGUCUGCCGAUCCUCUUCUACAGGAUCCAGUCACCAGGGUUUAGAGACCAGCGAUCGUGCAGGAGAGCUCUGACCUCAGCGCCAUGCGCAGCAACAGCUCGGAGCCCCGCGGUGUGUCCAACGUCACCGGGCAGCUGGAGGAAUUUGCCCACCUCCCCUUCACCCUGCUCUACGCCGUCAUCAUCGUGCUGGGCUUCUUGUUCAACGCGGGCGCCCUGUGGGUCUUCAGCCGCCACAUCCGCCUGCGCUCAGGCACGGCGGUCUACAUGAGGAAUCUGGCCACGGCGGACCUCCUGCUGGUUUGCUUCUUGCCCUUCCGCAUCACCUCCUACUACCAGCGCAACACGUCCACCAGGCUGGCGUGCGAGAUCACCACCCUUAUCUUCCUCAUCAACAUGUACACCAGCAUCUUCUUCCUUGCCUGCAUCAGCCUCGACCGCUGUGUGGCCACCCUGCUCCCCCUGCGGUUGCCUCUCCGCCGGUUGCACCGGGCAGCCCCCUGGGUCAGCGCCCUGGUCUGGACCCUGUCCGUCAGCGCCAGCCUUCCUCCCUACUUCAUCUUGAAGUUCAGUGGUGGCUCUAACAACACCAGCGACAACUGCCUGAGGCCAGUGGCCGUCACCAAGAGGUUGACCGUGGGAUUCACCCUCUGCAUCGGCUUCGGACUCCCCUUCUGCCUCCUCAUCGUCUGCUCCCUCCUUGCCCUGAGGCAGCUGAGGAAGGGCAAGUCCCAGGGCUCCCAGCUACUGAAGGCCCACAAGACACAGAGAAUGAUUGUGGCCAAUCUCCUGAUCUUCACCUUCUGCUUCCUGCCCUACCACGCCCUGCUCUGCUUCUACAAGGGGCUGGAGGACCGCUCCCAGGAGACAGCCGUCCAACUCUUCCAGGGCGCCCAGCUGCUGGCCAGCUCCAACGCUGUCCUGGACCCCGUCCUCUACUACUUCACCACGGAGGCCUUCCAGAAGACGCACCUGGUGAGCGCCGUGCGCAGCCUGAUGACUUGCAGGUGCUGGAGUGUGGGCAGCGCCUCCGCCAGGGACCGAGGCAAGCAGCCGUCCGAGGCCGUCACCUUCAUCUCGGUGUCAAAGGCCCUGUGACUCUUCGAUCCAAGGCCCGCUGAUUAUUUUAUUUUAUUUAUUGGUCGAGCAUGGGAGCAAUGUGUCUGUUUCAAUGUCUGAAGUAAAGGCAUCUCCAAACAGGUCUCAUGGCAAGUACAGUCGGACACAGUGUGAAGCUCCCUCCACACUGUCCCAUCACACACUCCCGGGGUCAGACACAGGGUGAAGCUCCCUCUACACCGUCCUAUCACACACUCCCGGGGUCAGACACAGAGUGAAGCUCCCUCUACACCGUCCCAUCACACACUCCCGUGGUAUUGGUAUUGAUUUGUUAUUGUCACUUGUACCGAGGUACAGUGAAAAACUUGUCUUGCAUACCGAUCGUACAGGUCAAUUCAUUACACAGUGCAGUUACAUUGAGUCAGUGCAGAGUGCAUUGAGGUAGUACAGGUAAAAACAAUAACAGUACAGAGUAAAGUAUCACAGCUACAGGGAAGUGCAUUGCAGGUAGACAAUAAGGUGCAAAGUCGUAACAAGGUAGAUUGUGAGGUCAAGAGUUCAUCUCAUCGUAUAAGGGAACCGUUCAAUAGUCUUAUCACAGUGGGGUAGAAGCUGUCCUUGAGCCUGGUGGUACGUGCCCUCAGGCUCCUGUAUCUUCUGCCUGAUGGGAAAGGAGAGAAGAGAGAAUGACCUGGUUAGACACAGAGUGAAGCUCCCUCUACACUCUCCCAUUACACACUCCUGGGGUCAGACACAGGGCGAGCUCCCUAUACACUGUCCCAUCACACACUUGCGGGGUCAGACACAGAGUGAAGCUCCCUCUGCACAGUCCCAUCACACACUCCCAGGACACAGGUUAGACACAGAGUGAAGCUUUAGCUCAGGGUUACAGUUUAGUUGGAAGAGGCUCAAAGAACAGAGACGGGGGCGGGUGGGGGGGGGAAGCACGAGAAGGCUGCUGGGCUUCACUGCAUUGACUUUAAUGCUCAGAGAUGUAUGUGUUGGCUGGAUGGGCUGAGAGAGUGGCUCAGCAAAGGGGAAUACAAUAUUGUCACAAUCACGGAAACGUGGUUGAGGGAAACGUGGUUAACAAAGGAAAUUGAAGGUUUUAUCAGAAAUAAGAAGGAAACACACGUCAGGUGUGGGCCUUUGAGGUUUAUUAUGGGAGGUGGCAGAGAGGUUAAGAAAUAAAUUCAAAGGGGAAAAGCCGACCAUGAACUGUCCUUGGAGAAUCCCAAAACCUGUUGUAAUUACAUUAGAGGCAGGAGG